AGUACAGCUAUUUCUGUCGCCUCUUUUUUUCUUCUUUUCAUUGCUUUUUUUUCUAUACAGCUUUAUAUACUAAUUUUAAUAUUUUUACAUAGCAAUGGACAAGGACUUGCAGGAUACCCACCACAGAGCGCCCUCGGACCUGAUGGCGAGCGUGGCUUCAACGGUGGCUACCAGCCGCAACAAGGCCAAUACGGUGGGCCACCAGGUCACCACUACAGCGGACCUCCGGGUCAACAAUACAGCGGACCUCCGGUACGGUCCCCCUCACGGACAGCAGGGCCACUAUAUGCCUCCCCCUCCUCCUCCCAACAACUACAAUAUCAGGGUGCUCAGCCUUCUCAUAUCGUCUACGUCAACCAGCCAAAGGAAGAGGGCUGCUGCGAUGGAUGCUGCGGUGGAUGCUGCAAGUCGCUGCUUGCUUGCUGUGCCAUCUGCGCCAUCUGCGACUGCCUCUGCUAACUAAACUCAGUGCUGAGCGAAAGCUAUAAGGAAUGGUUGUAACAUUUUGUCUGCAUUACCCGUGAAAGCCACACUUUUUCCGAUCAAAAAUCUUUUGCUCGUAAUUUUUUGGUUGCUUUUUGGCAGACUUGUUUGGCCUUUCCUCAUCUUUUUUCUUGUUUCUUGUCGCUCAUUUUUCUUCCACUGUACUGUUCUUUUUUAGUUUCUGUUUUUUUUGCAAAAACAAUAACAUUGAGAUAUUUUUAUUUCCAU